AUUCGAGUGAUUUUCAGUAAAUUUUUACAAAAACACGAUGGGUGUUCAACGAAAAAAGCCAAAAAAUGUCGUAAAAAGUCGCAAGGAGAUGCGAAAAGAGAUGCGAAUGGAGAAAAAAUCCAAACAAAAGGAAUUCCUGCAAAAAAGGCGUGAAAAUAAGUUCAAGAAGAAUAAAAAUUCAAACUCGAAGGACGAUUCAAACGACGGAUUUAAGAAAUUCGACAAGAAGUUUCCCUUCAAAAAUGGAAAAAAUAACCAAAAAAAGUUCGAAAAGCCGGAAAAUGGCAAAAAAUCUUCAGUCAAAAGCAACAAAAAGCUCAAACUUCCUUCAAAAAUCUCUCCUGAACUCUUAAAUUUCGAUCCAGAAGCCUCAGAUUUCGAAGACGAAGAAAUUGAUUCCGACGAAUUGUCAGGAAAUGAGUCUGAAACAGAAAAACCUGCGAAAAAUCCUGUCCCCGCAUACGAAGAUAAACUCGCCAAAGCCCGCGAAAAGGAAAACAACAAACUCCAAAGAUACGAAGACGGCUUGAAACAACGUCGAAUCGAGCAAUUACAACAAGCGAACGAAGAAGAGGACAAAAUUAUCAGCAAAUACGAGAAACUUUUGAAAAUUAACAAGCGAAAGGGCAAAAAAGACUCGUUAACGAACUUCAACGACGGCUUGGACUACAUUUUAGAGCUUUGUACAAAAGACAGCAUCGAAAAAAUGUACAACGCGGCAAAGGAAGCUGCUGAAGUCGAAAACGACGAAAACGAUUCUGACGAUGAAAUCGAAGAAUUAACGAAAAAAGGCAAAGCCAAGGAGAAGAAAAAAAGUUUGAAGAACAAAAAAUUGGAAAAAAUCGAGGAAAAAUACUUUGGGGAGGAUAAAGAACCGGAAACGAUCGCCUUGGAGGACUUAAUUGGCGACAGCGAUGACUCCGAGUUCGAUGAAAAUGAAGAAAAUUCGGAUGAAGAAGAAGAACCUGCACGAAAAAAGGCAAAAACAGACAAAAAAGUGUCUUUCAAAGGCGUUAAAGAGGCCGAUUCUGACGGAAACAGCGAUUUUGACAUCUUAGAUUCGAACGAAAGUGACGAAGAAGAAGAAGAAAAUGAAGAAAAAUCAACUAAAAAACGUAAAAACUUCGUUUUAGCUCCAAAAAGUUCAGAUGACGAAGUAGAAGAAGAUGAUUUUGACGAGGAGGAUGCUGAAACGGGUGAUUUUUCUGAUGAAAAUGACGAUGACGAACUCGCCAAAUUAUUUGCAAACAAAAAAUCCAAAACCCCGAAAGUCGACAAAGUACGAGAAGACAUUUACGGAAGGAAACGCGACGCAAAAGGCAACAUAAUCGAAGAAAAAUCCACAGAAACGAAAUAUGUGCCUCCCCAUUUGCGCGCCAAACUGCUCGCGGAAUCAACUUCCAUCGAUCCGAAGAAGCAAGAACAGUUGGAUCGCCUGAAAAAACAGUUAAAAGGUCAAAUUAAUCGUUUAACGGAAGCAAAUGUACAAAGAAUUACCAUCGAAAUUGAGAAACUUUACAUGCAAAAUGCCAGAUACGACAUGAACACGACUUUAUCGGAGCUGAUAUGCUCUGCCCUGGUCAGUAAUGUCAUCGCCAAGGAACGAAUGGUGUUGGAACACAUGCUCGUUGUUGCUGUUUUACAUGCAAAUAUCGGAAGUGAAAUCGGUGCCUUUUUCUUGGAAAAUUUGAUCCAAAAGUUCAAUAAUUUGCUUCAGGACUUGAAAAAUUUACGAGUUGAGGACAAAACUUUGGACAAUUAUGUUUUUAUGCUUUGUCAUAUGUACACUUUUAAGCUUUUUCAACACAAUUUGAUCUACAGCAUCUUGGAUAAGCUCUGUGAAGAGUUCAACGAGAAGUCGGUCGAGUGUAUUUUGUUAGUUUUACGUUCAAUUGGCUUCCAAUUGAGAAAAGAUGAUCCCUUGGCACUGAAAGAUCUCAUCCUAAAAAUACAAAAAAAGGCAAAUGAUGCUUCGAAAGACUUACAAAAUGACGUCAGAGUGAAAUUUAUGCUCGAUAUCCUGUUGGCAAUCAAAAAUAAUAACAUGACGAAGAUCCCCAACUACGAUCCAAGUCUCACGGAGCAUUUUGGGAAGCUUUUGAAGAGUCUCACGCACGAUGGGAAGCACGUAGCUACAUUAAACAUCUCCAUGGAUGACCUUUUAAAUGUCGAUAAACGCGGAAAAUGGUGGUUGGUUGGCUCAGCAUGGGCCGGAAAUGAUCUAAAAGGCGAGAAAAAUGCCCGACUUGUGAGUUCUGAGGGUGAAUUUUCCGCCCAACUACUUGAAUUGGCAAGCAAACAACGCAUGAACACCGAUGAUCGUCGCAAAACUUUUUGUAUCAUCAUGAGUGCCGAAGAUUACAUGGAUGCCUUUGAAAAACUCAUGCAUUUGUCGAUAAAAGACCCGCGAGUUAUUAUCACAGUCAUUAUCCAUUGUUGUCUGGCCGAGAAACAAUUCAAUCCGUAUUACGCCGUGCUGACACAAAAAUUCUGCGAUACCGAUAGAAAAUAUCAACUUGCUGUGCAAUACGCCGUGUGGGAUCGAAUUCGAGAAUUGCCGUCACAAACGAAGGAAAGUAACAAAAAUCUCGCAAAGUUCAUUAGUUAUGUCGUGCAGCAAGGAGGGCAACCGUUAUCGGUGUUGAAAGUCAUUGAAUUUUCGGAAUUGGAUAAAAUUACGCACAAAUUCGUGAAACAAAUUGUGAUGGAACUGCUUUUGGUUGAAAAAGAUGAAGUUUUUCAGAAUGUUUUCAGUAAAGUUGCACUCAGUAAGAAAUUGAGUUCGUUUAAAGAUAGCAUGAAAUUGUUCAUUCAUCAUUUUCUGUUGGCGCAAUCGAAUGUUAAAAAGUUAGAUGAAGAAACGCAGACUUUGUUGAAGCAAAGAAUUGCGAUGGUUGACCAAAUGUUUCAAUCAAGCGAUCGGUUUAAUACUUUUUAGAUAAAAAAUUGUUUUUUUUAAUAAUAAAAAUUAAUCUUUUUGGAAGAUUUUACAAAAAAAAAU